AUGGCUCUCUUAUUGGGCGUCGUCGGUGAUAUUCUCUCGGGAGUCCUUGGCAUUAUCCCUGCCUUGACCCAGCAGCAGACUAACGGCAACUCGGUGUGGGGGACCUUGCCCGUACCCAACUUCCCUCCCUUCCUCACCAACAACCCACUCCCCAAUGGCUACCCAUGGGGUCUUCGAAACGCUUCAGGAAGCAAUCCAUACACUGAUGCCCCUUACACUGGAGUCAUCCGGAGCUAUGAUUUCACGGUCAAAAGGGGGCUGAUAGCUCCGGACGGAUACCAGAAGAAUGUACUCCUAAUCAAUGACCAGUUUCCCGGUCCAGCAAUUGAGGCAAACUGGGGCGAUACCAUCCAAGUCACUGUUCAUAAUCAGAUUACCGGACCAGAGGAGGGGACGUCGUUUCACUGGCAUGGACUUCUUCAGAAACAGACCCCAUGGAUGGAUGGUGUACCUGGCGUGGAACAGUGUCCCAUCGCUCCUGGCGAAUCUUUCACCUACCAGUUCCAGGCUGAUCUCUACGGUACUUCUUGGUAUCAUUCACACUACUCGGCACAGUAUUCAGAUGGCCUCCUGGGGCCCAUGAUCAUCCACGGCCCAGAGAAUGCAGAUUACGACAUUGAUCUCGGACCAGUCCUCUUGACUGAUACUUAUCACAAACCGUAUUAUGAGACGGUCAAAGUAGUCAUGGCGCCACUGGACCAGGGUGGUAACCCGCGUCCCGCCUCCGACAACAAUCUCAUUAACGGCAAGAUGGACUUUGAUUGUUCUACUGUGGCGGAGGGUGAUACCACGCCCUGCAACAGCAAUGCUGGCAUCUCUAAGUUUACCUUCACCACUGGCAAAACUCACCGGCUCAGGUUGAUCAACGCCGGAGCUGAGGGUCUGCAACGAUUCAGUAUCGACGGUCAUAAAAUGACGGUGAUUGCCAACGAUUUCGUUCCUAUUCAACCUUACGAGACUACGGUGGUAACUCUCGGCGCAGGCCAGCGAAGUGAUGUGCUAGUCACAGCGAAUCAAGGAUCUGCGCAGUCAGCAUUCUGGAUGCGCUCCAAUAUUUCCACUAUCUGCUCCUCCAGCAAUCAACCCAAUGCUCUGGCAGCAAUCUACUACGAUAAAGCCGACACAAACAAAGCACCUACCAGUACCGCCUGGGAUGUGCCCGACCCCGGAACCUGCGCAAACGAUGAUCUCUCCCUCACUGUUCCAUAUUAUCCCCUCACACCGACUGACCACCCAGCAACGACACGCCACCUAGACAUUAACUCCGAGGUCAAUGCCACCAACCAUUUCCUUUGGACUGUUGACGGGGGGACUUUCCGCUCCGAUUACAACAGUCCCACCCUUCUCUUGGCCAACGAAGGAAACUUCACCUAUCCACCUGAAUGGAACGUGAAGAAUUUCGGCAGCAACAGCACUAUUCGUGUGAUUGUCAACAACCCUACUAGCUCCUCUCACCCUAUGCACCUCCACGGGCACAACAUGUUCAUCCUACACGAAGGUCCCGGAGCCUGGGACGGAACCUCCAUCACCAACCCCAACAACCCCCAGCGGCGCGAUGUACAGAUGUUACGACCAGGCGGGCACAUAGUCUGGCAGAUCAACGCCGAUAACCCAGGAGUAUGGCCUUUCCACUGCCAUAUCGUGUGGCAUCUGAGCGCUGGCUUCUACGCGACUAUCCUCGAAAGGCCAGCGGACAUCGAGAAAUAUAGCCAGAUCCCCAUGAUUAUGCCGCAGACUUGUACCGACUGGGCGGCCUGGACAAAGAACAAUGUCCCCGACGAGAUUGACAGCGGCGUAUGA